AACAAGCACAAACACCGUUCCCACUCAGAGUGAAGGAGUACGGAGGUGGCAUGAUGUCGUCAGACAGGGAUAAAAGGGCUGUGUUUGGUAAAGGGAUCGCGUUCGACCCCUGCCAGCUUCGAGACCCUUGGGAGAACAGAGCCCAGAAGAUCAGUGAGAAGGGACAGCAGGAGAAGGAGGGGCAGGAAAAUAGAGACCUGAAUCGGCUUAUUAAAGAGCGGCACAUUCGACUGAUGGCAUUGGAGAAGAAAGGAAAGGGCAGAAAGAUGGUGUAUUGUCCUCUACUGAAACGGUUUAGGCUUGAUCCUCCACUAGACGCAGCCCCACCUCCACCCCCACCCCCACCCACUCCCAAGAAAUCACCACGACGGGUGAAGAUAGAGAUUCCCAAGCCAGUGGAGAAGAAGCCCACCCCACCUAAACCAUCACCUCCUCCUCUGCCCAAAGUCAUUCUCUCAUACAAAGACUUACAAAGACGAUCUGAGGGAAAAUGGUGGAGGAGUAUUAGGGAUAGAGAACUACCGAAUGGUCCAAGUGAAUGGUCAAAGCCCUUUAAGUGUCGACCACUGCAGUUCAGUAGAAUCCUUUACGACCAAACAUUGUCCUGGCAGCGGGGAUGGCCAACGUUCAGCCGGGAAAAAAGCAACAAACUACUGAAAGUUAAACCUUUGGAUGACAAAGUUAACCUUAAAGAGUGGAAGGAUUCUUGGAAGAUGUCCAGGCCUUUACCCAAGCAGCACACAGAAAACAGGGGUAUUACAGAAAAAGUAAAGGCUUUCAGAGAGUGGCAGAAUCGCUUGGUAAUCAGCAGAAAUAGAACAUCUACGGCAGUGGAGAAGAAAGGAAAGAGCAGCGACAUGUCUAACUUCAGGUCUAAAGUGGCACCUCCACCAACUAUACAUAAAUCUGAGCCACCAACUCAUAAGAAACAUGAACCGCUCCUUCAGCUGAGGAAGGAGAGCUCUGAGGAAAAUAAGCCCACCGCACCCAAGAGCGCAAAGCCCCCAGCCCCACAACCCAAGGAGAAGAAGCUGCUUGCCAGAAAACCUUCACCUCCUCAGGAUGACACAGUAAAUCUUCCAUGGGGGAAGAAAGUUUGUAGGACGUCCAAGCCUUCACUCAAGCAGCACACAGAGAAUCAGAUGAUUGCAGAAACUGUGAAGACAGGGACGGGCGAUGACAUGUCUGACUCCAGAAAAAUUGUGAUGAGCCUUGACAAUGAUGCUGACAUUGAAGCAGCACAUUUGGAUUCCAGGUUUGGAGUCCAGGUUUGGAGUCCAGGUUUGGAGGCCAGGUUCGGAGGCCAGGCCAAGGUGGUACCUCCACCCACACUACCCACAAAGAAACGUGAACCACCCAAGAAAUCACAGUUUGAUGCCCCCCAAAAAACUCAGGCUUCAUCGGACAUACUUAAUGUCGAUAAAUGGUCAGAAGCCUGGAGGACUCAACCACUGUUGUUGAACAUUAAAAAACAAGUAUCUCUAGAGGCUUGGGAGCAGGAAUGGCCAGAGUUCACAGAGGAACAAUGUGAUAAACGACUGAAUGUUAAGCCUUUGGAUGACAAUGUAAAUCUUACAGAAUGGGGGGAUGCUUGGAAGACGCCCAAGCCUUUAGCCAAGCAGCACACUGAGGACUUGACGGUUACAGAGACAGUAAAGCCCAAAGCCUUGACAGGUUGGAGAGAGGCAAGGAGGCUCUCUGGUGACAAUGUUCAAAAUAAUCUUCCAAGUCUGAAGGAUUGGCGUGACUCGUGGAGUUUCUGCCAAGAACAUCGCUGGUGGAAGGUUUCUAUGGACUCCCAGAUGUCAAAACAACUUUUUUCCCAUCUAAGGAAAAGGGGCGGAGGGCUUUUUUUGUUUUGUUUUUUGUUUUUGUUUCUUUGUUUUCUUGGACACAAUACAGACUGGGGACAGUAGGACUUAAUUACCAUGACAGCCAUGAAGCAAGCAAACAUUACAAACAAAUAAACAACACAACACAUUUAGGUUAAGACAUGAAAACAAUGACAACCAUGCAUUACUACCAUUAUAACCUAAUUAACUUAAAGUAACUUUUUAAAGACCAAACUCGAAGAAAACUGUUAACGGUAUGUGAUGGGACAUGUGAGGAAAGGAAAGGGAAGGUGAAAAAAGGCUGGUGAAAAGUAAGAUGUUAUGGCAAGGAUUUUGUAAGGUAUAUGUAUGCAGAUGGGAUUAGACUGGGGGAGAUUGUGGGCUGAGGGCCCUUGGGUACUGUUUUUGUCAGCAGAUAAACUUUAGAAAAGAUGGUGGAUAAAUGAAGUCUUACUCAGGCCGUUUACCAUUGGGGGAAAAAUGGUCACAGUUCCGGUCUACUUACUAAGGAGUGGCUCUUGGGUCUGGUAUAAUUAGUUAAUUGACUGUACUGUAUAUGAACCAGAAAAAAUGAGGGAGUGAGAUGUUUUGCUUCCUCCUCCGUCUCUGACUGUAGGCAGUUCCUACUCCUAUCAGGACCCAAACUGACAGAGCUGCACUAAUUGACUUCAAGAAACCCGAAGAAGCUUUCUUUUCAGAUAUGUAGUGUUUGAUAUUAGCAAAUGUGGAACACAUUUUAUUUUUAAGUGGGCAAGGAUGUGACAGAGUGUAGCUGAUAUUGUUGAGUUAAUUAACAUAGUCAUGUUACAUGCCUCCUAUUGGUCUGUUCGAACUGAUUCUUUGUGUUUUGUCUUAAUUGAUUGCAGGUGUGACUGCGGAGCAUGCGUCUCCUGUUAUCUUAAAAUGGCUGCAUUUCCUGCCAACCAGGAAGAGGAAAAAGGAGCCGCUGCUACCUCCAAGUCCUCAGACUAGCUCUAGCCUAUGGACUGAACUCCCAAUCACAGUUGAAAAUAAUCAUAUCUAGUCUCUGUGUUUAUUGUGAAAUUCUGAGUACAUCUUGUCGGAUCAGUGUCUGUGAGGACUUGGAGACAGACAGCAAAGGUAAUUCUUGUUUUUUUGUGGGCUUGGUUAUUCCAUGCAUGUAGCACUUUAAAGUCUUUCAGACAUUUUUGAGAGUGAUGAAUGCAUUUUUUGUUACACUUAAUACAGUUUGCUGUGCGUGCACUAUAGAUGGGUUGGCUGAUAACGUCACAAACGAUUCGCACGUUUCAAUGGUAAGUUGUGAUUCUGGAUGGCCAGAUAGCUUCCAACAAUGACAAAUUGCCUGUGGGUAAUCUUAAGUGACUAGUUUCAUCUUGUUCUUUGUGUUUUGACUGAUUUCAUGUCAAUGUUAAUAGGGAAAAAAAUUGCUACCUAGCAAACCAACAGUAGCAAUGUAUUUGAAACAAGUGCUCAUUGUGUAAAUGUAUGUUUUCAAUAAACAUUGACAACAUGUCAAUUAUAUUUAUUCAAUCUAAGCCAACCGUUUGUUUUGCCCCAUAGCUCUGCAUGUGCUGGUUGCUAAACAACCAACCUGUCUAUAGUUGCUGUGCUUUGAGAUACUUUUACUAGCCUUAAUUGAAUAUUGCAUUUAAACACUGAAGUCUUACAUGAAUGCUCUGUUGUACUAGACAACACAACUGUAACCUUGAAAUAACUAAAUAUUGCUUGUAAUAACAUUAAAGAGGGGCUGAACUUGCCGAUUCCA